CCUACGCACACGGACGCCGCCUAUUGUGGGGGUGGAGAGCAACACAUAGUCUCCCAUAAUUACCAGCGACCAACAAAAAGCUGGAGCUGCUGUGAACUCGGCAGCAUAGAGCGACAGUCAGGACCCGGGAUAACACGUUGUGUGCUGUACAGGACGCAAAGAUUGUUUGUGUAUUUGGAUCAUUCCUAGAAUAACAGCCAUGGAUAUCAACUUGACAGCGGUCCUCAGUAUGUUCCUGUCCCUUCUACUCAUCAUGCCCGCCCUCUCAAUACCUCUAGACAGUCAAGAAACACAGGAACACCUCGAAGCGAAGAGACCGAAGUACAUGGACACAAGGGAACUGGGCGACAUGAUGCAAGACCUUGUCUACAACGCCUUAAAAGAACUCAUUAUGAAAGGGAAGGUUAACACAGAAGUCUUAGAGUCACCUGAGAAAUUUUCGGAAGAGACCAAUGAGAAUCCCACAGACGCGGGCAGCGUGGACAAGAGGAGGCGCCACCUAUCGUAUUGUCUCCGAAGGAGCGGCCGCAACUUUGUGCCCUACCCCUGUUAUAAGUAUGGAGGCCGACGAUAAACAACAUCGACAAUGACCAAACCAUUCAAGAUGAUCAGGUGAUCACAAACAAAAAACCAUCACGCUACAUAUCAGAUUUUCGUCAUUCUGUCGUGUUGUCAUGGAUACCUGGAUAAAAACGUUUGCUUUUCGUAGCAGUCAUUUCGAGGAGAGAAGUUUGACAUUUGACCUCCUAAAAUUUACAUCGUCUGCAAUGUUUAAUAGAUAUUGUCAUUUCUCCUGUUUUAUUAUCUGUAUUUUGUAUAUAAAAAUGAAGGUUGUGAUAUCAUAACUUUGGUAUAAUUUACCACACACAUAUGACAGGGGAGACAAUCGGGAUUUCUGAACUACUAGAGAAGUGUAUCCGGAUAUUGGGCCCUGCUCCGAACACACAAUUAAAUAUUUGAUCAACGUUUAUUUCGAAAAGUGAAACAAUUUAUUUUAUUUUAUCUGUUUCUUUUUUUCGUUUGAAAAAUCAAACAUUUUUGAAAUAAGAUAAAAUGUAACGAAGUAAAACCUGUCCCCGGAUAAACAGUCUACAAAAGACCAACGUCAAACAGCAGGCUGGGCGGCCUAGUGCAAUAUGAUAACGCAUUACUAGCUUAUCUUUUACCGUUGUUGUUGUUGUAAUCUACCAAUGUUUUUUUUUCCGGAUACAAUAGGUUUCGAACAACGUAGUUCCGGAUUAAUAAGACACCGAAAUAUAACACAAACUAGUUUAGAAGAAAUGAGUUUUCCUAAUUAAACAACAGAAACGAGUUGUCAUGAAUAGAAAGAAAAUUAAGGAGUUUUCUGGAUUAGGUGAGGAAGCCACCGGUUGUUGAUUUUUCAGCAGUACACGGGGUGGUUUAGAAGAAUUCAAUUUUAAUUUUAAGUGUUUUUAAGUAAUGGAACACCUAGUAAAUAUGUAACCUAGCUUGUUUUGUGUAAUAUUUCAUUUUAGCAUUUACGUACGAAUUAACUUAUUUUGUCUGGUAUAUUACCAGUCGAUAUUGUCUAAAUUUGUAGAUAAGCAUAAUUCAAACUACACACUUAGAUCUAGGUUAACAAAUACAAAAAUGAAAUAGUUUAGGUGAAACAUAAGGUUCUUUAUUUAUCACAGGAUUGAAAAAACAUCCAUAAAAUAAUUAUUUUUAUUUUGUAGUGAAACAACAUUUAUCUAAAACGUCUACAUGCUCUGCAAAUUUUUCAUAAAAUUUGUAUCAUGUGCAUUUAGAAAUUAUAACAUCUCUAAUUCUGAAAGAUGUCAUCUUGUAGGCACUUAAAGGCACUUACGGGCACCUGCGCCAUAACAUUGUAAUAUGCAUCUACAGGCACUUAACACUAAAAGGCAUUAACGGGCACCUGCAGGCAUCUACAGGCACUUAACACUAACAGGCACUAAAAGGCAGCUACAGUUUACAUUAACAAAUAGCGGUGUCCUCCCUACCAGCAAUUAAAUAAUCCAAAUAAAAAAAAAUACCUGUCAAAUUCCUCACUGUCACGUCAUGCAGUAUACUGGUGUAGCGGUGGUAUUUGAAAACAGAUCGAGGUGCAACGGGGAUCCUAGGUUCUCGUGUAAGCAUGAUCCGACUGCAAAGGUUUGCUGAAGUUGCCGGGCAUUUUGACCGCACGGGAUGUUGAUUAUAAAAUAGUUUUGUCAACAUAUAUAUAUCUAAAGAAUCCCUCGCCUAAUGGAAAACCUUUUUCUCGACUUGGUGUUCCUGUUUAGUUGGAUUGAGUGUGUUUCUCUGUCAUGUUUUAUUUAUUAAAUGCUUACACAAGUGUGUGCAAAUAGGAAAAUGAAAAAUAUCUUUAGUUUAAGUGUUCAGAAAACGGAUAGAUUGAAACAGAAUACCAUUCCUGUCAAUAAACUGAACAACAGCGACACCUACACCACCUGAGCAGCAUACCUCUUAUACUGAUAACACGUACAUGGUUUGAAACCCUUCUCAUUAUGCAUACUGUUACAUUGUUCUGUAUAUGAACUCAUUAAAUAUAUUUCUUUUAAACGAC